UAUCUGAAUCAACUGGAAGUGAACUACGAUCCGACCUGGCUCUGCUUGCUUCGAUUCAAGGAAUGGUUGGUCGAUCGAUUACAUCUGUAUCAACGACUCUAUCGGCAAGCGAUUGGCUCGAUCACAUCCGGUACGACUUCACCAUCCGCUGUGCAAGCCCCAACGGGUUCCGUGCCCAACGAACGCUCCAUGCUUAGCCCCGAUGAGAAUGCCACAUUGGGAUUAGACGAAAGUGAGCAUUCUGUUUACUAG